AUGUUUAAACCAUUCAAAUCACCCCUUCUUAAGGGGGCUCCUCCAGCUGCAUCAUAUGAAGAUGACAAAAUUCUAGAAUCGCCUCCCGGCUCAACAAAAAAGCAGAAUCAUAGUGAUAAUCUUAAGGACGUCUCAUCACCAAACUCAACUAGUCCAACAAUCUUUCCUCCCAAAAGUAAAUCUAUAGUCUCUCUGAAACCCUCGUCUAUAGAAAAUAGUUCAGAAAUUGCCCUGAAGGUCCCCGAAGCAUAUUACAUGGUUUUGUGGUUCCUAACCCUGCGAAAAUUCACGAAUAAAAAGCAUAAAACCUGGGAUGGAGAUGGAGUUCUUUCAAUUUCCGGCGGAUAUGCUAGACUUCAAGAUAUUUCAGGCACCGAUAUGGGGAGAGUUAUGUUCAAGGACCCCUUACUUCCAGGUAGCACCCUAAAUAUUGGUGGAAAGGCCGUCGAGAUAGAUUCUAUCAUUACCAAAGAAGAUUUUAUGGCAGGGAAACCUUUUCUCAGGCCCUCAAACAAACGGAUAUCAAGUGCUGAUAGCAGUCUCCCAGCACCUAAACGAAUUCGGAUACCUCCCACCCUACCUAGCGGAAAAAUUCCAUUAGCGACGAAAAAGGUAGAACCUUCAAACUACAAAAUCCCAGCAGCAAGCUUCUAUGCACAUAAAAGUACUAAAACUAUUACUGGAAGAACAGAAUUAAAAACAACAAAGGAAUUUUCACCACCAGAGGCAGGCGGAAUACCCAUCCCAAGGCACGAAAUUUCAGGGCCUGGGGCUCUUGUGAUGACACGGCCUACUAAUAUUGAGAAAGGAAAGCAGCUCGUAGAUGUUGUCGUCGAUCCAUUUUUGGGCCAGCACCUACGCGCACAUCAACGAGAAGGGGUCAAAUUCCUUUAUGAAUGUGUGAUGGGAAUGAGAGAUUUCAACGGUAAUGGUGCGAUUCUAGCUGACGAGAUGGGGCUAGGUAAAAGUCUGACAACGAUCGCCUUGAUCUGGACUUUACUAAAGCAAGCCCCGAUUUAUGGAACCAAAUGUAUUAUAAAAAAGGCACUAAUUGUCUGUCCAGUGACUUUGAUCUCUAAUUGGAAGAAAGAGUUCAAAAAAUGGCUCGGUAACGAGAGAAUUGGCGUUUUUAUAGCCGAUAAUCGGAAAAAUAAGCUCACAGACUUCACUCAUGGUAGAAGCUAUAAUGUUAUGAUAAUUGGUUAUGAAAAGCUUCGGUCGGUGCAGGAAGAAUUGAAAAAAGGGCAUGGAAUUGACAUUGUAAUUGCAGAUGAGGGACAUAGGUUGAAGACAGCUCAAAAUAAAUCAGCUCAGGCAAUCCGAUCUUUAAGCACGCCAAAAAAAAUUAUUUUAUCUGGGACCCCCAUACAGAACGAUUUAUCAGAAUUCUUUGAGAUGGUUGAUUUUGUAAAUCCAGGUCUUCUAGGAACAUACAAAACUUUCACAAAAGAAUUUGAAAAUCCAAUUUUAAAAAGUAGACAGCCUGGGGCAUCGCCGAAUGAAGUUGAAAAAGGCAUAGCUCGACAAGAAGAGCUCUCUUCAUUAACACAAAUGUUCAUUCUGCGUCGAACAGCAGAAAUUCUAUCCAAAUACUUACCGCCUAAGAAUGAGUAUGUCCUAUUCUGUAAGCCAACGCAAGCUCAGAUACAAGCAUAUGAGCAUAUCUUAGCUUUACCCUCCUUUGGAAAUGUACUUGCUAGCUCAGAGGCUUCUUUUCAACUAAUCACUUUCCUAAAAAAAGUUUGCAAUGCACCAAGCUUAUUAGCGAAGAAGAAAGAAAAAACAUCAACUUUUCCAAGCCUUGUCGAACAUGUGGAUAUAAUCCCAGAUGAGCUAUUAAGACUUUCACCUAUUAAAGCUAGCUCUAAGCUGAGAGUUUUAGACCUAAUUCUAAAGCAGCUUUCUCAGAACACAAAUGAAAAGGUUGUAAUCGUUUCAAACUAUACAACUACGCUCGAUCUUCUUGGCAAACACUUGGCAUCACUAGAUCUACCGUUCCUGAGACUUGAUGGUAGCACUCCCACACUUAAGCGUCAAGAUCUUGUUGAUGCAUUCAAUAAAACAUCUGCCGCAAAGAAUUUUGCGUUCCUUCUAUCAGCAAAGUCUGGUGGUGCUGGGAUAAAUCUGAUAGGAGCCUCUCGAUUAUUUUUAUUCGAUACUGAUUGGAAUCCAGCUACAGACUUACAGGCAAUGGCCCGUAUUCAUCGAGAUGGUCAGAAAAAACCAGUCAAAAUAUAUCGAUUCCUUUUAGGCGGAGGAAUCGAUGAAAAAAUUUAUCAGCGGCAAAUAACCAAAAUGGGACUAGCUGAUAGCAUUGUAGAUGGAAAGCAGAACGAGGCAAGUUUUUCAGCUGAAGAGUUGAGAGAUCUAUUCCGAUUACACCUCAAUACUAGGUGUCAAACACAUGAUUUAUUAGGAUGUGUUUGCCCCAGUGAUGGUUCGGAUCCUCUCGCCCCUACUUGCUCCGCUACGGCCGAGAAAGAAUCUGAUACCAAAUCAGACUCGGAAGCUAGUGAAAAUGAGCUCGUAUAUCCUCCCAUAUACAAGCCAGUCCCAGCGACAAUAGAUAAUGUUGCGGUCAUCAAUCAGAAAAUUGCAGAGGAGCUGGAAGCAAAACGUGCCAAAAAAAUGAAAAAUAAUAUGCAAGCUUUAAUGCAGUAUAGACACAUUGAUACUGCAAUAUUUGGUAUAGAGUCAAAUGAAAAUUCAGCCUCCAUUCAAAAUUGUUUUAAAGAUACCAAAGAAGCUCUAGAUGAUGAUAUUUUGCACAGUAUUUUGAAAGAAAAGAAGUCCGGUGUAGCUUUUGUGUUUGCAAAAAAGGAUAGAAUAUAG